AUGGCCGCUACAAAGAAAAUCAUUAACAUGACAGUGCAGAUGGUGAAACCCAGCACAGUGACGUCACGGGUUGUCUCCACUUCCGCCAGAAGCGAACAAGGGCUGACAACUCUGAGUCUGGACAUGCCAGCUGUACAGCAGUGCCCGUUUAGGAAAAGUGCUGCCUCAGAGACAGCCCAGCAGAGCAAGGUUCAAGCCUUCGAGAAAAUACCUGGGCCUAAGGGGCUGCCGGUGGUUGGGACCCUGUUUGAUUACAUGAAGAAGGACGGGCUGAAGUUCUCUCAGAUGUUCAAAGUGUUCCAACAACGAGCUCAAGAGUUCGGCGAUAUUUACUACGAGAAGAUCGGGGCUUUUCACAGUGUGGUCGUCAGCAACCCCAGGGAAUACAAUCGUCUGGUGCACGCCGAAGGGAAGUUCCCCAACAGGCGGGAAAUGAUGCCGAUAGUUCACUACCGCAAGAAGAAAGGCUUCGAUUUGGGCAUCGUCAACUCCCAAGGGGAGGAGUGGUACAAGCAAAGGUCGGUGGUCAGCAAAAAGAUGUUGAAACUAGCUGAGGUGUCCAGUUUCACUACAGAGAUGGGGGAAGUUGCAGACGAUUUCGUAACUCGACUUUCGGAUGUCAAGGACGCCCAAGGAGAAGUGCCAGAGCUGGGGAAGGAACUAUUCAAAUGGGCAAUGGAAUCUAUAGGCACGUUUAUUUUUGAAGAGCGCAUUGGUUGCCUGGGGAAACGACCUACAUCGAUGGCGCAGUCAUUCAUCGACAACCUGGAGGGGUUCUUCCGAACGCUGCAGCCGCUGAUGUACAACCUGCCCAUCUACCACGUAUGGGAGACUGAGACCUGGAAGCAAUUCGAGCACUACACGGACAACAUCAUGGACAUUGGGCGCAGCCUUGUGGAGAAGAAAAUGGCAGCACUCGAGGACGGAAGUGAGCAGUCUGCCUUCCUCUCCUACCUGGUGAAACAAGGAACCAUGAGCAGCAAGGAGAUCACGGGACUUGUGGUUGAUCUCUUGACUGCAGCAGUGGAAACGACAUCGACAGCCACGACGUGGUGCCUGUACAACCUGGCCAAACACCCAGAGGUGCAGGAAGUACUUUACCAGGAAAUGGCACGAGCUAGAGCCGACAACAACGGAAGUCUCUCUGCUGAGCAACUCAGUAAACUACCUUAUGUCAAGGCCGUUGUCAAAGAAACUCUUCGACUCUACCCGAUCGUCUACUCGACCAGCCGAAACCUGGCCAGUGAGCUGGAGAUCGGCGGCUACAAUAUACCAGCUGGGACACACGUACAAGCUAACCUCUACGGCAUGUACCAUGACCCGGAACUGUUUGAUCGUCCUGAGCAAUUCCUUCCGGAGCGCUGGUUGAGAGAUGGCAAGGACAACAUGGACUCCACAGUCAAGUCCAUAUCCCAGCUCGUGUGGGGACAUGGUGCUCGCAUGUGUCUAG